ACCCACUCACAUUCGGUUACGGUUCUAAGAUCUGUGUUAACGAUCGUCGAUUAUCACACACAAACGGUUUCCACUUUCUACAACAAUAUUAAUAAUAUUGUCUGUGUACUGUGUAGUUUUGUUGACAAUUUCAUGUUUUACUUUAUCGAUUUGGGAGCAGUUACCAGCCGACCUUAGACGGCCCAUAAUCCAGAUGUCAGUACACCUUGUUAACUAUUAAAGUCAAUACAUCCAACGUUCGUCGAGUACGUCGAACGUAGCAGUUUCUGCCGUUUCUGAAAUAUGGCCGAAUCUCUGAAACGUCUUGAGGACGUGAUCGCGGACGACGAGAAUUCAUCUGAGGAGAAUGGACACGAUUCUGAAUCGUCAGAAGAUCCUCGACCAUCGUCUGCCGAUUCUGCCUUAACAACAAAUUCUGACGAUGAUGUAAAGCCAACACCUAGACCUAAAAAGAAAUUUACUUCAAAGAAAUCCAAGAAAAAUGAAGACGCAUCUUCGUCUGUUGCUUCUGCCUUGGCAACAAGCUCCAAUGCUGAUUUUAUUGAAGAGGAUUCAACAUCAGAAACGAAAAAGAAAUCUAUUUCGAUAAAAUCCAAGAAAAAUGAUGACACACCGGCCAAGUCAAAGAGCGACUUUAACGAGUGUCCUGUAUGUUUGGGACCGGUCGUAUUCCCAGUCCGUACUCCAUGUGGUCAUGUCUUUUGUUUUCUAUGUGUGAAAGGAGCAGCACGACAAGCUAACAGGUGUCCAAUGUGUCGUCAGCAUAUACCUAUAGAUUUUGACAAAAAUCCUAUUAUUCUUGAACGCCAAGAAGUAGAAACAUUUGAUGAUGGUUACCAAUGGUUUUAUGAAGGCAAAAAUGGCUGGUGGCAAUAUGAUAAGAGAACUUCUGAAGAAAUUGAACAUCGCUACAAACUCAAUGUUACAAAAUUUGAUGUACUAAUUUGUGGCAUCAUGUAUACAAUUGAUCUCAACCGCAAUGUGCAAUACAACAGAGAAAAUCCAACAAGGAGAAGGAAAGUGAAACGAGAAAAUGCCAAUAACAUUGCUGUGAAGGGAAUUGCUGGUGUUCAUUAAUUUCACGUAUUUUCUCAUUUCCAUUUACAUAAUAUUAUAUUUAUUGUUCUUUAUUCGUGCAUGACACUAAUAUAAUUAUGAAUGGAAAUUUAAGUGUCUACUUUAUGUACUUAGUAAUGUUAAAUUUAUUAUUAACAUACUUCAUACAUUCAUUUCAUAGCAAAUUUUGCUAAUUCAUAAAUGUUGUCAAUUUUAUUCUCAUUAUUUAUAUUAAGAUCUGGAUACCAAUAACCUUUAAAGAUAUUUUAAAAAUUAUGGUUAACUGAGAAUUUAUUUUAAUAAAUACAAUAAAUACAUUAAAAAAAUGUAAUGUUUAUUUUUGUUUUCUUUUAUCAAAGAAAAAACAAAUAUGUAUAUUUAAGCUGAAAUUAUCAAAUUGUAAACAAUAUACUUUACAUUAUAAACUAGUCUUUUUAUUCACAUUUUAUUGGUAUCCAGAACCUCUAAGAGUUUUAAGAUUUGUUUUAAGAAUUUUAAAAUAUAUAUAUAUUUGUUUUUUUUUUUUAUAUGA